AUGAUAAAAGAACUUUAGAUAAAAUGUGUUAUUGAAGGACAUGAUUUUGUUGAAUUAGCUUGUUUAAAUGAAAAAUGUAAAGCUAAUAGAGUUUAUUGUCAUUAAUGUCUUAAGAAUGGAGAUCAUGUUGCUCAUAUGAAGGAUUAAAAGGAUUUAAAAGAAUUAAUUGGGUUUUUUUAAGAAGUUGAAUAAGAAAAUGGAAGUUUAAUAUCAAAAUUAAGUUUGAUGCUUGGAGAAAUAAUCAAACUAUUUAAUUAAUUAAAUUAAGGAUUAGAGUAAAAAUAUCAAUUCUCUAAGGAUAAGUUGUUAAUGUUCAAUGCAAAGCAAUUGAAUUAAGCUUUAGAUUAAGUGAUCAAAUAUGAUGAAAUUAAAAAAGGCUUAUUUGAAGAAAUAAAGAAAUGUUCGAAUGAUAUGAUUAUAUCAUUAAAAAAAUAUAUUAAAGAAUUGAAAUUAGGAGAAGUAAAUUAUUUUUCAUCAAAACAAUAAGAAUAAGGAAAUGUAGAAGAAUUAUAUUAAAAGGGUAAUCAGAUGAUUAAUUUAGGAUGCAAAUUAUAUGAUGAUGAUAAAUAUGAAGAAGCAAUUAAACUAUUAGAUGCAGCUUUACUGAUUAAUCCUAAACAUUUCAGUUCGUUAUAUAUAAAAGGUAUACAAAUCAUACACAACUGUAUUAGCUGAUUCUUUAAAAAUGCUUGGGAAUUACAAAGAUGCAAUUAUAUGGGCAGAUAAAGCUUUGUAGAUAGAUUCUAAGCAUAUUUAUUCCUUAAAUACAAAAGGUUUAUAAAUCAAACAAAAUUUAUUAGCCGAAUCUUUAAAAAUACUUGGGAAUUACAAAGAGGCAAUUAUAUGGGCAGAUAAAGCUUUGUCUAUUGAUUCAAAACAUUUCUAUUCAUUAUUCAUAAGAGGUAUAAAAAUCAAACAAAGAUUUAUUAGCUGAAUCUUUAAAAAUGCUUGGGAAUUACAAUGAUGCAAUUAUAUGGGCAGAUAAGGCUUUAUCCAUAGAUUCAAAGCAUAUUUAUUCAUUAUAUACAAAAGGUAAAUAAAUCAAACAAAGAUUUAUUAGCUGAAUCUUUAAAAAUGCUUGGGAAUUAUAAAGAUGCCAUUAUAUGGGCAGAUAAAGCUUUAUCUAUAGAUUCAAACCAUGUCAAUUCAUUAUCUACAAAAGGUAAUUUAACUUUUUAAAGAUAGGUGAAUCAUUAAGAAUGUUGGGUAAAUAUAACGAAGCUCGUAAAAUUUUUGAUCAAGCAUUAAUUGUUAAUCCAUAUCAUGAUAAAUCCUUAGGGAGUAAAGGUUCACUAUAUUUUAAUGUAUAUAGGAGCCUGUUUACAAGAAUUGUCAAAAUAUUCAGAAGCUAUUAUUUAUUACAAUAAGGCUCUUUAGAUCAAUCCAGAUUAUUUAUGGGCUAAAAGUAAAAAAGGUAUAUUAUAAUAAUUUAUUUUAAUAGCUGAAUGUGAAAAAUAACUCAAACUAAAAUAAUGA